AUGUACCCCACUGUCUUUUCUAUCGUGGACAAAACUUGGGGGUCGAACAUUAUUAAAUUUAUGAGUUAUUUCAGGUUGUUUCACUUACUUCGGUGCGUGUACCGCGAUGCGGUUGGGUGCACCGAGGGCCAACUUUCCAGUGCGAUCGGAGUGACUAGCUAUAUGUACCGAUACACCAAAAAUGAUCCUGUGUCGUCUGAUUCCGACGUGGACUCUCUAGCUGAUGAACUAGACCAGAUCGGAAGGCUCCAUCUUAAUAUCUCGCUUCCAAAUAUGCCCAACCUCAACUUAUCAUCAUAUCUUAAUCGCGAUAAUUUGUCACUUCCGACCUUUGAUUUACCCACCUUACCCAACCUACCCAAGCUUCAAGACUUGUCUAAUGAGAUUUCCAGAUACAUAUCGACCUACAAGAAAGAUCCUGAAAAGCAGGAGUUUGCUAGUUCCAUCCGAACGGCGGUGACGAGUCGGCUUCAAAUGAAUGAGUUUUUGUCUGAUUUAAAGAAUGGUCUUUCGUUGAGUGCAGCCAUUGAAAGAUUACAGCCAUUGACCAAUAUCAUACACGAAACAAUAGUACUACCAGCUGAGGACGAAUCCUCGGAUAUAGAUGAUGACGACAAAGAAACUGAACCCGGAGGAGUGGACGCAGUUGUCACAAAAAACCACCCUGUUUUGCAUGAUUUGGUGAUCCCAGAAAACGAAGAGGGCCACCGCCACACUCGUGGACGCCACCGCAUAAAGUCAGCACGCCAUGUUUUGUCCGACACUGAUAGUUCUGCUUAUGCUAGUGACUUGGAUGUGGAGGAACUCACCUCGGAAGAGGCCCGUGCGUUGACCCAUCUUGAUACAUUGGAUGAGUUUCGUGACGAAAAGAUCCUUCGGCAACGAAUCCAGACGAUUACCGACCAUAAAGAAUUGUCACAAAAGCUGAAAAAUAAGUUAGUAACUCAAUUAAUGUUGGGGAAUUAUUACAAAAUCGUUAAUGAAAAACUUAAAAGCGAAGACCGUGCACUCUUAAAGGGUUUGAAACAACAGGAGCUUGUCGUACCUGAAGACACUCCUUUGGACAGCAAUGACGCUGAUGCCAUGGAUGAAGACGAUUUUGUUCAGCUCACUCCAGAAGACACCAAACCAUCAUAUCACGACGCUCCAGUAAACUCCAUACUAGGAUGCCAGCACUACCAGCGAAACUGUAAGAUUGAGUGUCCAACGUGCCAAAAAUGGUACGUUUGUCGUUUUUGCCAUGAUGAAGAAUCAAACCACAAAUUAAUUCGCUCCGAAGUUAAACAUGUUCUCUGCAUGCAUUGUGGAACACCUCAAGUUCCCGACGAGAAUUGCUGUGUCGAUUGUGGCCAAGAACUUGCUCGGUAUUUUUGCUCCAUAUGUGUGCUUUACGAUAACGACGCUACAAAAGACAUAUAUCAUUGUGACAAGUGUGGCAUUUGUCGUUUGGGACUAGGAUUAGACAAAGAUUACUUCCAUUGCGACGAGUGUAACAUAUGUCUAAGCAUAGAUCUCAAAGAGCGACACAAAUGCUUGUCCAACAAUACUCAUUGUAACUGCCCAGUAUGCAACGAGUACCUAUUUACAUCAGUCAGUAAGGUUGUGUUCAUGAAAUGCGGCCAUCUGAUCCACCAAGCAUGUUAUGACGAGUUGAGUAAGCAUUCUUACAAGUGCCCAGUGUGCAAGAAAACAGUGGUCAAUAUGGACACUCAGUUUCGUAUUUUGGACCAAGAAAUCAGCCAGCUGCCUCUUCCUGCUCCCUAUAGCAACUGGCGUUGUAUCAUCAACUGUAAUGAUUGCAAAGGUAAAUCCAAUGUGCCGUAUCAUAUUUUGGGACUCAAGUGCAAAUACUGCAAAAGUUAUAAUACCAACAAAGUCAAAUUGAUCAAACCUGAAGAGGAACAAGAGGAAGAAGAGCAAGAGGAAACCACCUCCGUGCCUAUGUUAUUAUCGCAUACCAAUCUUGAGAGCAAUUUUCGUUUUGAAAGUGGAACCGAAGGUGGACCUGAUGUUACUAGUGAAGGGGACGAAGAUGAGGACGAGGAAGACGAUACGCAAAACAUUGUCAAUUUGCGAAGUUUGGUAGACUGGUCCCCUCCACCUGUACCAGUUCAAAGAAACAUAUCAUCCAUAACCUCGAUUCUACAAGGAUUCGUAAAUAGUGCAACCAGAGAAUAA